AUGUCGUCCCUACUCAAACAACGCGUGCGGUUCGCACCGUAUUUGGACCGCGUCAAGUCCGCAACAGAACUCAUACCACUAUUCCGAUCCGGCCAAAGUCUGGGCUGGUCCGGCUUCACCGGCGUUGGGGCACCCAAAGUGGUGCCCCAAGCACUCGCAGACCACGUCGAACGCAACCAGCUGCAGGGCAAGCUGCGGUUCGACCUGUUUGUGGGUGCCAGUGCAGGGCCUGAAGAGUCCCGCUGGGCAGAACUCGACAUGAUCGCCCGUCGGUCGCCUCACCAGGUCGGAAAACCCAUCGCUUCCGCCAUCAACCAGGGCCGCAUCCAAUUUUUCGACAAACACUUGUCGAUGUUCCCUCAGGAUCUCACCUACGGCUUUUACUCCCGCAACAAGCCAAUCGGGUCGCCCAUUUUGGACUACGCCAUCAUUGAGGCCACUGCCAUCAAGGAGGACGGCUCUAUCGUCCCAGGACCAUCCGUGGGUGCUUCUCCGGAGUUCGUCUCGGUCGCCGAUAAAGUCAUUGUCGAAGUCAACACUGCAACCCACUCGUUUGAAGGCAUCCACGACAUCGAUAUGCCCAUCAACCCUCCGCAUAGACCACCUUACCCAUAUCUCUCAGUAGAUCACCGGUGCGGUGUCGAUUCCAUCCCAGUCGAUCCUUCUAAAGUGGUGGCCAUCGUAGAAUCCACUCAACAUGACAAAGUGCCAUUAAACCACCCGGCUGAUGAAGCCUCUAGAGCCAUUGCAUCGCAUUUGAUCGAAUUUUUGGAACACGAAGUCGCGGUUGGCCGUUUGCCCAAAAAUUUGCAUCCUUUGCAAUCUGGUAUUGGUAAUAUCGCCAAUGCGGUUAUUGAGGGACUGUCGUCUGCAUCUUUCCACAAUUUGACGGUCUGGACAGAGGUUCUCCAAGACUCGUUUUUGGACCUUUUCGAAAAUGGAUCCUUGGAGUAUGCCACUGCAACCAGUAUUCGUCUCACUGAGCCAGGUUUUGAGAGAUUUUUCAAUAAUUGGGACGAGUUUUCACAAAAACUAUGUCUCAGAUCUCAAGUCGUUUCCAACAACCCAGAGAUGAUUCGUCGACUCGGUGUCAUUGCCAUGAAUACCCCCGUGGAGGUGGACAUCUACGCGCAUGCAAAUUCGACCAAUGUUUCUGGGUCACGCAUGUUGAACGGUUUAGGCGGUUCUGCAGAUUUCCUCAGAAACGCAAAGCUUUCGAUAAUGCAUACCCCAUCUGCCAGACCAUCCAAGACCGACCCUACAGGGAUUUCUACCAUUGUGCCCAUGGUGUCUCAUGUUGAUCAGACGGAGCACGACUUGGAUGUGGUAGUCACAGAUCAAGGUUUGGCUGAUCUCAGAGGUUUGUCGCCAACAGAAAGGGCUCGCGAAAUAAUACAACACUGUGCUCACCCAGAAUACAAACCUAUUCUGAUAGAUUAUUUGGAAAGGUCCGAAUUUUAUGCUCGCAAGAAUAAAUGCAUGCACGAGCCUCACAUGUUGAAGAACGCCCAUAAAUUCCAUAUAAAUCUAGCCGAGAAGGGUACGAUGAAAGUUGAGUCUUGGGACUAA